AUGACAUAUGCACAACUACUUGCUCAUCUUUUACAUCGUGAGUUGGUGCAACUUCGUACCAUGGGCCCUCCACCUGCUAAGCUCCCUCCUAACUAUGAUGCCAAUGCUCACUGUGAUUUUGAUUCUGGGGCUGCUGGUCAUGAUAUUGAACAUUGCAUAGGACUCAUGCAUAAAGUACAAGAUCUGAUUGAUUCAAAGGCUAUUGAGUUCACCCCUACUCAAGGGCCUAACGUUGUUCAGAACCCUAUGCCUCCCCAUGGAACUCAUGCUGUAAAUGCCAUCGAGGUCGUUGAAGACGCUCGCUUGGUCAAGGAUGUGAACGAAUUGGGCUCUCUGUUGCCAUUAUUAAAGAUAGAAUUAUUGAGGAUGGGUCUAUACUCUGGUUGUGGAGAAUUAUGUACUGAUUGCAUGGCCAUUUCCUUAGUUUGUGACAAGGUGAAAAGUGGGAUUCAACAGUUGAUAGAUAAUGGGUAUCUACAGUUUGAGCAUGUGCGACAUCCUGAAUUAGUCAAGAAUGAAGUCAAUGUGGUAUCUAUCCCGUAUACUCCUGCUAAGAUUCCAGUUCCUGCCAGAGCACCGCCUUUGGUCAUUACAUUGCCUGGUCCCGUCCCGUAUACUAGUGAAAGAGCAAUCCCAUGGAAUUAUGGGGCAGAAGUUUUCUACCAAGGGACCAAACAUGAGAUCGAAAUUCCAGUUGAGAAAAAAGAUGUGGACAAUGUUGUUGGCAUUGGGCGGAUGACAAGGAGUGGUCGUAUUUUCAAUCCUCCCCAGAAUACUCGCGAUGAUAAUACAGAAGCUCUAGCUCAAGCAAAAGGGAAAAGAGUGGUAGAAGAUACAAUGGAUCAGGGGCAAAGCUCUAACUCUGAAGACACUGUGGCCAAAGAGAUGGAAGAGUUCCUAAAGAUCAUCAAGAAAAGUGAGUAUAAAGUGGUUGACCAACUGAGUCAAACUCAAUCAAAGAUUUCGAUUUUGCAGUUGCUCUUGUGUUCGGAGACACAUCGAAAUGCUUUGUUGAGACUUCUAAGUGCUGCCUUCGUCCCUCCGGAAAUCUCAGUGAAUCAACAUGAAGGAGUGGUGUCAAACAUCAAUGCUGGUAAUGGAUUGGGAUUCACCGAUGCAGACUUGCCUUCUGAAGGUAGAAAUCACAAUAGAGCUUUGCAUAUAUCAGUGGAGUGUAAAGGGACUAUGUUAUCACGUGUUCUCAUGGAUACUGGAUCUUCUUUGAAUGUAUUACCGAAAUCGUCUCUGAUGAGGCUAAAUUAUUCUGGCGUUGAGAUAAGUCCGAGUGAAUUGACGGUGAGAGCCUUUGAUGGCUCAAAAAGAUCAGUGUUUGGGGAGGUUGACUUGACGAUAAUGAUAGGCCCUCAACUCUUCACUAUUACUUUUUUCGUGAUGGAUAUCCAUCCGUCCUAUAGUUGUCUCCUAGGACGCCCAUGGAUCCAUGCUGCUGGGGCCGUGACUUCCACAUUGCAUCAGAAACUCAAAUUCGCGACUCAAGGAAAGAUAGUCACAAUAUGUGGGGAGGAAGAACACGUGGUAAGCCAUCUUGCGUCCUUCAGGUAUAUUGAUGUGGAAGGAGAGGUCCACGAGACGCCUUGCCAGGCCUUUGAGGUUGUCCAGACUAUCAAGAUCCCUUAUGUUAAAAAUAAGAAGUUGGAGGCUCCCAUGUCUUCACUAAAGGAAGCUAAAGCUGUGGUUGAAUCUGGUCAUCCUGAAGGAUGGGGCCGAGUCUUGGAUUUACCAAUCAAGCAGGAUAAAUGUGGGAUUGGAUAUCAGUUGGGUCAGAGUUCAUCUAAUGAGGCCCCCAAGAAGUCUGGAACCUUCGUUCCGAUCAAGUUCUCUAGUGCUGGCAUCGUCAAAGAUCAUAUCUGUGCUGCUGAUGAUGAUAUGGAUAGAGAUUAUGACAUUGAAGAAUGGAUCAAGCCGUGCGUCCCAAGACAGAAGUUUCUCAACUGGUCGCCCGAGGACAUCAUCUCAAUUGCUUUUGAUCAAAAGUAA